AUGUCAUUACCAGGUACAACUUUACGUCGUCGAAGAACGAAUCUGCGAGAUUUAGUAACAAAUCUUGAUGCAUUUACCAAAACGACACAGGAAGUUAAAGAAGAGAAAAGUACUUCCGGUGGCAUAGUAUCAGUGAUAUGUUUCAUCGUUGUUGCUAUACUUUGCAUUGGGGAGCUUACCGAUAUGUUUUUUGGCGAUCCACAAUAUGAGUACCGGUUUUCUGUUGAUACAGCUUAUACCGAACAGCCAAGUAUCGAACUGGACAUGAUUGUUGCAACGCCAUGCAACAGUUUGAGCAUUCAGCUUCCUGAUUCAGCCUCUGAAUUUCAUGUCUUAGACGGAUUCAAGAAAGAUCCAACCCGCUUUGAAUUUACCGAUGAGGAGCUUAUUUACUGGAAUGAGUUGAGGAAAGCUCAGGGUUCAGCACAAUUAGAUGCUAGCGUUUUCAGGGGAUUAGAGAAAAUGACUUUCGUUAGUGGCAGGGUAGAAGAAGGUCUUGGAAGAGCUGCCGAAAAGAAACAGAAGGAGGAGGAAGAUGCAUUGGAGAGAGAAAAGGAGAAUGAACCAGAAAUUGAUGAACCGCAUGGGGCGGCAGCUAUUAUUCUGAUCGGGAACAAUAUGAACAUGUUCCAAAUUAUCUCCAGUAACUCAGGGAAGGAUGAAGGCACUGCCUGUCGUAUUCACGGUAGUAUUCAGGUUAAUAAGGUCAAAGAUGACAGCAUCUUGAUUACUGUUGGGAAAGAAGUUGGUAUCGAAGCUAUACUUAAUCAUAUUAGUGGAAUGGCCAGUAAAGGAAAUAUCUCCCAUCGGAUUGAAAAAUUACACUUUGGUCCUCGAAUACCAGGUCUUGUAACUCCUUUAGCUGGAACGGAACAAAUUUCAAAGUCAGGUAGUGCGGAAUAUCGAUAUUUUCUUAAAAUCGUGCCGACAAAAAUUUUUCAUGGAUUAUUUGGAGGUCAUACAACAACUUUUCAAUAUUCGGUUACAUCUACAAAAAAACUACCAAAAGGUGACGAACAUUUCCACUCCGGUAUUCUUAUUCACUAUGACUUUGCUGCUACAGUGAUAGAAGUUCGUGCAGUUUAUACUUCCGCGUUCCAGUUAAUGAUCAGGUUGUGUUCAGCUGUUGGUGGAGUGUUCGCUACUAGUUCAAUAAUUCAUAGCCUUUUUCAAUCUUGUUGCUGUUUUUGGACAUCGAGAAAACACAGCACCAAAAUGUACAUAGCCUUCAGGGACGUUGAAAAAAAAGCACUUAUUUAUUUAUAAUG